AUGGAGCCGCAACCUUCUGACAACAAAUCAUCAUUUGAGUCCUCAAAUUCACUAUCAGAUACCAUGAAUCCUUUUUCUCCAAGCAUGAGUGGUGAGAAUUUUUUACCAGAAAUCAAACCAAGUUCAUCAAUUACUUCCAACCCUGAGCCCUUUAUGUGACCAUCUGGUAAUGUUACUUCUCCACUCCGUAUGUGUGGCAAGCUAUUCAUAUCUAAAGAAUCACUGACUGAAGACUUGAGAAAAUAUAUUUCUCCUCCGCCAGGCUUUGGGAAGGAUCCUUUCAGGGAAGAGUCAAAAGUCUCAAACAUUGAGCUUAUUUAUGCGGAGGAUGCAAGAUUCGAGCUACUUAAAAAGGAAGCUGAAUUUUAUAAGCAGAAAUGCACGAAUUUGAUAAAAGAAAACAAAAGUUUAAAAGACUGCAACUAUGCAUGGUUUCUGAUGGAGAAAUUAGAAAAAAUAACCGAAAACAAUUUGAAAUUGUCUUCAGAACUAGCAUUAAAAAAAGAAUUUCAAUCCCAAUGGAGCGAUAAGGAAAGUGACCUUUCUGACGAACUUAGGAAUAAAGAAGAAGAAAUUGUUAAGCUACAAGAAACAAUAGUCAAGAUGGAAAUGGAGCAUCAAAAACAACUAUCAUCAGUAGUAUCAAAAUAUAUGGACGACAUCGCACAGCUUGAAGGGGAAUUAAAACGUAAUAAAGAAUGCUUAGAGGAAUCCUUAAAAAAUGAUCGCUCAAAAAAAAUCAAUUGAAGAGAAUGCCCCAACUGUGCAGAAAAACAAAAAGAAAUUGUGGAAAAAUCUUGUAAAAUUGAAGAACUGCAAAAUGAUAUUAAAAUAGCACUCAACUCAGAAGCAUUAAAAGAAGAAUACACCGCACUCAAAGAGAGAAUUACCUGCAAGCUGGCAAUGCUGGAAAAAUCGCUUUCUGAGCCUAAUAAAGUGAUUAAUUUAGAAAGCAAGUCUUUAAAAGCUCUUGUAGAUGACCAAAUGGUCUUAGAAAGAUGGUGGGUAAAGGUCCCAGAAGCUGUCAAAGAUUCAGACUGGUUUAAAGAAGGUCAGCUUGCAGUUCAUCAAAUAAGAAGUGAUAUAACCAAAGCUUUGACUGUAAAACCUCUUGUAAAAGGAAGACCAGGAAGGGAAAUCAGGAUGAGUGUCCAUAAGAAGUUUAUAGAAAUCGAGCAAGAUUUUAAUUCCCUCCCAUUCAGCACAGAGCCUUUAGAAGUAAUCAAGAGAAAAUUUUUAGAGCUUCCUUACAUGCUAAGGCCUCUUUUUGAUAUCAUGAAAGACUAUGAGCAGCAAGGCAUAGGGAUCGAAAAUUCUCAGAACCUCAAAAUUGAAGCCGCCUUAACAGGAGUAAAAACUUUGCAAGAAGAAAUCAAAGUCGAAAAUUUCGUGUUUGACCAAGGCCGUGAACUAUCUGCUCCUAAGAUCAAGAUUCUUGAAGCAGAAAAAGUUAAUGAAGAAAAUCCAAAAGCCAAGCGUAUCGUCACUUUGAGAAGAUUCAGGACUGACGUGGAUUUCUAA